CCCUUUUCUAUUGGCCAUCUUCGGACACUAUCAUUGCCAAUUGCCAUGCCCUUUUACUCUUUCCAACACACGCACGCCUUCCUUCAUUUCUUCCACACCCCCAUUAAUUGUAAGUCUCCUCUCUAUCGAUCCUGGCCUCAACACAACAAUAAGAUCAUGAAAACAGAGCAUCAUGGUUUCACCGCUCUAACAAGAUCCAGCAGCUGCAAACAGAGCUCCGGGAAGAUUGUGCCUUCCAGUUAUUAUUACCAGCGCUCCACUUCUCAUGCUACCUCCGAGGACUUUUCCGAUAGAACCCCGAUCGGGAGCGGCGCCGCCGGUGGUGGAAGCUCUCCUGUUGACUUCCGGCGGCUGGGCAAGAUUACCCGGAUAAACGGAGUCUCUGCUCUUCUCAGGUCGUUUUUGAAUCUUAUAUCUUUCCCGGCUGCGUGCACUUGGCUUCACUUGCCCACACGGAUGUCGGUAUCGGCGCCGCCUCUCGGGCGUAAAGUAGCCGGGACGCUGUUCGGGCAUCGGAGAGGCCACGUCAGCUUCACCGUCCAGGAUGACCCCCGCUCCGAGCCGGCCCUUGUGAUCGAGCUGCCCGUUACGACGUCGGCGUUGGUGAAGGAGAUGGCGUCCGGGCUUGUCCGGAUCGCGCUGGAGUGCGAGAAAGCCGCGCCUUCUCCGACUUCUCGUCGCGGCGGAGGAGGGGGGCAUGCAGUGAAGCUUUUCCAGGAGCCGGUGUGGACUAUGUACUUGAACGGCAGGAAGUGCGGGUACGCGCAGUCGCGGCUGUGCACGGCGUCGGACUGGCACGUGCUGAGCACCGUGCAGAGCGUGUCAGUGGGGGCCGGGGUGAUUCCGGUGGUGGAAGACGGCGGAAAAGGCAGCGGCGUAGCGGAGGGGGAGCUUCUGUACAUGAGGGCACGGUUUGAGCGAGUUGUGGGGAGCCGAGACUCGGAAGCGUUUUACAUGAUGAACCCGGAUGGCAACGGUGGGCCUGAACUCAGUAUAUUUCUUCUCAGGAUAUAAUUAAAUAAUAAAUCGUCAAAUACUAAACUUAGGAAAUAAGAACAUUAUCAUAGAUCUUUGUUGACAAUUAAUGACGACCACGACUGUAGGUUUGGAAACAUUAGCAUAUAAUAUACGGGGAGUAUAUAUGAUUUUACUCCAUACAAGACUGUGACUGUGAGUCAUUUUGAUUUAUACGUAGUCAUUAAUAUAGUCUCAAGUCUUUUAAUAGGUAGCUUAAGUCUUUCUUCAUUUCAAAUCCAUUUUGGAUGAUGUCCCAAGCAUUUCAAUGCACCAUACAACCAUGGCAUUUUUUAAGAUUGGAUGUUUGGAAGACGACAUUUCAAUAAGUGUAAUGGUAAAUAGUUGUUCAUCUCUACAUUUUGGAACGAGA